GCUAAUACGGACCCUUCACUUCCACUGACUGUGGAAGUUGUAUCCGCGGUCCAGUCACCACAAGUUUUGUGAAUUUGACUGGAAGAAUGGAAGAGAACAUUGCUGAAAUUAGUAGUAACACAAAUGAGAAAUUCCGUUUACACUAAAGGGAUAAGACAGGAAACUUCGCACAGGGAAUCUCCACCUUGGCAUCUCUACUUGACGCACUUUUAAAAUACUUGAAACCCACCCCUGCACAUUCUGGGCCACCUGCAGACACCUCUACUUCAGCACAGCCCAGUGAUGCAGAAUCAGGCAUCUAAAAAAAGGCUCCACCCUAAGGUCUGUUAAGGAGCCUUUAACUCAAGAUGGCCAGCCAGAACAAAUGCUACCAUGACAAGCAAAUGAGCUUUUUCUACAACAACAGCAACCAGACCAAAGAUGACUGGAACUCAACACAGCUCAUUCUGGUCCAAGCCGUUGGCUCCCUCUUCUGCUGCUUCAUCCUGGUGUCCAAUGCAAUGGUUAUUGCCGCUGUCAUCACCAACAAGAGAUUUCACUAUCCAUUCUACUACCUCCUCUCCAAUUUGGCUGCUUCAGACUUCCUUGCUGGGAUAGCCUAUGUGUACCUUAUGUUCAAUACUGGCAAGGUGUCAAGGAAUUUAACUGUGAGGGAUUAUUUUAUUCGUCAAGGGCUUUUGGACACCAGCCUCUCAGCCUCUCUGGCAAACUUACUAGUAAUUGCCCUGGAGCGUUACAUCUCUGUGAUUAACUGGAAGGUUCACAGCAAUCUGACCAAGCGGCGGGUGACCCUGCUCAUUGUGUUGGUAUGGGCAGUCUCCAUCUUUAUGGGCGCCGUGCCCAGCUUGGGCUGGAACUGCAUUUGCAACCUUCAGGACUGCUCCCAGCUGGCUCCAGUCUUUAGUCGGAGCUACUUGAUCUUCUGGUCCGUGUCUAACCUGGUGGUGUUCCUGGUCAUGACGUCCAUCUACCUGCGAAUUUACAUCUACGUUAAGAGGAAAACUGCAGUGCUCAGCCCACACACCAGUGGCUCUAUCAACCGCAAGAGGACACCCAUCAAGCUCAUCAUGACAGUCAUGAACGUGUUAGGGGCGUUUGUGAUCUGCUGGACACCAGGGCUGGUGGUGCUGCUGCUCGACGGCCUCCAGUGCCAGCAAUGUGAGGUGAUGCUCUUCAAGCGCUGGCUACUCCUGCUGGCUGUGCUCAACUCCGUCAUGAACCCAAUCAUCUACUCCUACAAGGAUGAGGAAAUGUGGACCACAUUCAAGAACCUACUACGCUGUGUGGGCAAUGGCACCCGUCGCCAACGCUCAUCCAAUGCCAAUGCUCGACCCCUCAGCUCCAGCCAGGAUGUGGGUACAACGACACAGAUAUAUGAAGAUAAGGAAACCUCCAGGGAGUCAGAUGUCCUGGGAUGCUUAAAACCUGAGGGAAGUGAGUCUUCAUUUGUGUGGGUGCCUGUAAAUGGAUGUAGAUAAACAUAAUGUGAAAAGAUACUCAUGCAUUGUCCAUUGCUAUAUUCACAGUAGCUGACCAACUCUAAAGGACACUUGAAUUGGGUCCUGCCUUACAGGAGGAUUAAUUGAAGUCCAUCCCCAUCCUGCUAUGAUAGAAGUACACUAAGGGAGGCACAUAAUGGUAUAAUGGAAAUAUUUCCACUUUUUACCUCAGUACCUCUAUUACCUGAAAGAGUUGCUGAUGCUUUUUGGAAAAAAAAAACAUUUGACUGUUGACCCUUUUGGGAUUUUCUAUUAUUUCAAAAGAUGUCUUCAAAGUGGUCAUUUUUUUAGGGUCUUUCCCAUAAGUUGUCCUUUAAAAAUUGUAUGAUAUAUUAUUUGCCUGCCUUACCAUUCAUAAUAGAUAAGGCAGGCAAACUGUAUAUUGUACAUGUACAAUGUUUUUAUUGGGCUUGACACCAGCUUGAAUGCAAAUUCAGGUACUUUGCUGUUAUUCUGGCGGCUGAAUAUUUACUCAAAUGAAUGGUGACAUUCUUCAUAAAAACACGACCGGAUUGAAUAAAAAGUUGAGAAAGCAUGAAUUUGCUAGUCAAAUUGUGAAAUCUGAAAAAGUGAUUUCUACUAGUCAAUGUGUGUUAAUGUUUUUUUGACAUGAUAUUCAAUGGCUCUUAAAAGUAUUCAAAUCCCAUAGACUUUUCUAAACGUUAUUGUGUUACAAAACUGGCUGGAAGAUGAGUCCAGGGCUCUUGCAGACUUCAGCAGGUUUUCUUCCAGCACUCUCUCUACUUUGUGGCAUCCACAAACUUUCCUUUAAAAAUUCAUUUAGAAAUUCCAGGGAAUAUUCAAUGCCUUGGAUUAUUUUUUAUCCUACACCCGAUUUAUGCUUUUAUGGGACCUCCCAGAGACAGGUAUUAUACCAAAAAUUAUGUGAAAACCCUUGCACAAUGUACAAAGGCAUACUCCAUUCCAGUAAUUACAUGGGAUGAAUACUUAUGCAAUCAAUUAUUUUCUAUUUAAUAUUUGUCAUUAAUUUAAGAACAAAUUAAGAUUUUAUUUUUCACUUUGAAGUUAUGGAUGUCCGUGUUCAUCACAUGGCAAAAUGUCUUAAUUAAAUUAAUAUUGAUUUCAUGUUGUUAUAAUAAAAUGCGGAAAAGUUCAGUGGGGGUGAAAACUUUUGUGAGCCAAUGUAAGCAGGAUUAACGUGUCCAUAAUAUGGGAGGCGGUAUCUAUGUUCGCUAUUAAUGCUGGGCCUUUUGGUAGAGAAUAAAGUCUGUACUUCAGGAUAUUACUUCGAAAUUGAAAUUGGCCCGUUCCAGAUAGGGUGGAGGAGAUUUUUAUGAAACCAAUUAAUCAUUUCUUACAUUAGUAAGUUGUACAUUAAAGUAGAAUUGACAGCAUUUUAAGUACUUUGCAAAUAUUUAGCUAAAUGAUUUUCAUUAUGUAUGUAAAAUAUUUUAUAUUAUUUAUGUUGCAAAAAAAGCUUUGUUUGAGGUUUUAAAAAUAGGUUCUGUUUGACUAAAAAUUAA